GAAGUGUGUUUGUGCGUGUUUUGUGCUGGGCUGCGGUUCCGUGUUCCCCCACGGCUCUCCGUGCGUGUUCGGCCGCGGGAUGAAGAUGAUCUGAAGGACCGUGUUUACCGAUCCGGCCCGCCGCUCGCUGUCCCGUGAGUAUUUACCGACCCGACCCGCCGCUCGCUGUCCCGGGUCAAGAGGUCGUCUGAAGGUCGUCGGGGUCAGCGCUGCACUUGAAGAAUGAGCCUCACUAGAACUCGUCUGCACUGGAAUGGACUGUGGCAAAGAUGUGUGUUGCCAUGGUAAUUAUUCACACUAAAACACUGGAGAAGAAGGCCGUCGAUGAUGUAAGCAUCAGAGCGUCUCUGCCGCCGCAUGAGCCUUCAGCCAUGAGCCGGGCCCUCCUCUCCUGUGGAAUCAUGGAGUCGGGCCGGUGGCCGCAGGGCGGUGUGUGUGGCUCCAGCCUGGAGAGCCUGUGGGACGGUGUGUGUGAGACGAGCGGUUUGCUGCGCGAUCUGAGUCUGAGCGAAGCCUCUUCUGCUAGCAGCGCCGCGCCGCCGAGCAAACGCCAGUGCCGCUCGCUGUCCUGCUCCGAGGACCUGGGCGGCCGGUCGCCGUGGCAACCGCAGGGGUCGCGGGUGUGGACGGCGGUGGAGAAGCGCAGAUGCUACAGCGGAGGAAGCGUUCAGCGCCCGGCCUUCGCUCCGCCAGGGUUUCCCAGCAUGCACCGCAGCUCCAGCUUCAGUCUCUCCGAACCCUUGGGCUUCCCUUCCCAGAUCUGCUCUCCCGGAUCUCCCGGGUCCACGCCGGAGCCGCGCCGCAGGCAGGGGUUGAGCCGCUCCCGAUCGCAGCCCUGCGUUCACAACGAGAAGAAGAGCGGAGUCAAGCGCAGGAGACCCGCGGACUCACACACACACAGGCCUUCACUCGACCUGCUCAAGAUGACCCAGAAGCUGCCGGACUUCCACAGUCUCCGCUGUCCAGGAUUAUCCGCCGACGACCAAACGCUCCACGGUGAUGUCAGGCCUGAUCGGCCAAUCAGCACAGAGGACUCCCUCAUCAGCCAAUCAGAGGCCAGCUGGGCAGGGUCGAAGGAGCUGUGGGCGGGGCUGUGCAGCCGGAAGGGGCGGGACUUAUUCCCGCUGGGCGGAGAACUGGACAUUGAGCAGAUCGAGAGGAACUGAGGAUUCUGGGGGAUUAUUAUGGGAUGGGCCUUCAGUAAGUGCAGGAGCACAUGUUAUCGACUCAGGGUGGAGGACGUCACGACGGAUUCCGACAACAUUAGAACACACACACACACACACGCGUGAAAGGGCUUCAGAUGUGUAACAGUAGUAAUAUCAGGUAAUGUGUUCCUCACUGGUGAAUAAAGCUAUAGAUCUGUGUUUGUACGUUGAGCUGCAGAUCGAGUCUCUAAUAAACGGCUGGAUGGGUUUGUAA